UCUCUGAAUUUACUGAAAAACGAAAGUGAAAGAAUCGUGCUUGUGUCUGUUUAAUGCGCCAGUAGUCCCGCGGCUGCCUUUGCCUGUCAACCAUGGCCGCGCUGCGUACCCCAAUGCUUUGUCCGUGGCUGCUACUCGCAGGUGUGAUUUGGCACAGUGAAUUCUCAACAUCAGCCAUGCUGAAGGAAGUACAUAAGGUACAUUGUACAUUAAUCGAAGAACACACCUACUCUGGCGAAAGGGGGCUAGAAAUAGAGUAUUUACGAAGGAAUGCUAUGCUGCUACUGAAAAGCCCACUUACUGAGGAAGACUGGCAAAGGCAUAUGAGAGAAAUUGCAGCGGCAAAUAUUAUCUCUUUUAUAGUGAAAGAUGCAGCAGUGGAUAUCUCACAACAUGCUGACGAUGACAUCGACAACCUUCUCUGUGAAAUAAAGAGGUACUCUACUGCAGGAAUCCAAGUUCACUGGCCUGGGCCAGCCACCAGAAAUGACAAUGUGGAGUCCUGGUUUUCUUGUACCAUCAAGCACAAAGACGAGAAAUUCAUUGUUACAUCCUUCCUGAAACAGCUGCCAAGCCCACUGGGCCAGGGUGAGGAAGAUACAGCAAAGGUCCAGGAUUACAACAGUGUGAAGCCUAUCAGAGAUCAAGAGACUUUGGUCCUGGCAGCGGUUUUCAUUGUGUACACCCGCACUCCUACAAUCCAGCAAAGCCUCACGAGAGAUGCAACUCUAGACUGUGGGUUUGAAGUGGACCAUUCACCAGCUGAUGUGAUGGUGGAGUGGCGUUUCCAGCAUAAAGGAGAGCGGAAGAAACUUUUUUCAUAUUCAACAAGAACUGGCACGGCAGAGACCCUUGCAAAGGGUGCCUCAGUGUCUGUGAAGAAGAUUCCUAAAGGUGUGGCCUCAUUGCACUUAUCAAGCAUCACCAUUGGGAAUGAGGGCGCCUACGUUUGUUCUGUGUAUGUACCACCCCUGUAUGGAAGCCAUGACCUUCAGCUGGAAGUCAUAGAGAGCCCCAUGGUGACCAUCCAUUCGUCCCAAGAGCUUGUCUUGCAGGAAGGUGACACAGAGAAGCUAGUGUGCGAGAUCAAUGGAUACUAUCCUCUAGAUGUUGAGGUGGAAUGGUUAAGAGAAGUCCCUGGCAAGCACUUGCUUCCUUUUGUGGUAAAGAAUGUCCUGUUCACAAGCCACCGCCAUUACAACAAUGGCACCUUUGGCAUCUCAGCCUUCUUUCUGCUGCAUGCUUCCCUAAUUGAUGAUGGGGUAGUGUACACUUGUCGAGUGUCACACAUAUCCUUGAGGGUCCCCAUACGAAAGAAGAUCACCGUACAUGUGAAAGCCUUGCCUUCCUAUGUUAUGGUUUAUGUGGUGAUUGUUUUAAUCAUCCUGGUGCCUCUGCUGAUUUAUCUACUAAACGUCAUAAACAAAGCCAAAGAAGCACGGAAGAGAAAACCUUACUGAUGGUUAAAGGAAGUAGGAUGCAGAUUUCAGCUGGGCACUUUGACUGGGGAUCGUGGUUUUCAAGAGAAGUGGACGCCCUUUUUUCCUUUGAAAGGAUGCACAUCCUAAUUAUGGAAAUUUUUAAUGUUAACUCAGGUUGGCAGAGGCAUUGAUUAUGCCUCCAGUAUCUCUCUGAAAAGCUGGAAGCUACGAUGAAUUAGAAACACUAAGGUUAAAAAUGGGACGUGACAAAAUUUACAACAAACCUGCCGCAUGCUGUACUGAAGCAUAAAGAAAACAAAAGGCCUCGCGGUGCUGUUCCCGCAGCACUGAAGCUAAAUAGCUUUGUUUAAAGAUGCAGGAUGUAUCAGGAGAGACACAAUUUUGUUAAUUUAACUUUUAAUUUUUUAUUUUUUUACUGUUUCUGCAUUUAGCAUUUACAGAUCUUGAGAAUUAUAAUUGUGGUGGGGUGUGGUUGUUAAGUACGACUUUUUAGACUUCUACACAAUUUGAACAGAAUUGAUUUUGAGAAAAAAUGUUUGAAUUACAUUUUGCACUGUGAGAUCUGAAAAAAAUAAAUUUUCUUUUAAAAAGA